AUGUACGAUAUCAAGAAGAAGGCAUGGGUCAAUGCGCCCAACAUACAGUCCAUAGCGAGUCCGCGAAAUUACGAGAAUAUGUGCCCACACACCCAAAUCCAAUCUGCAUCUUCCUCAAACACUACGCCAUUCGGUCCUAAAGGAGAUAACAAAGUUGGUUUCCUAACCAAAGACUUUUCCUUUACCGACCUCAGAAAUGGAUCUCAGCACCUAAUUUCGAAAGGCUCCAAAAUACAAGUUGUCUAUGGCCCAGCCACUUCGAAGGGACUCAUCAACCGCGUGAAUUUGAGUGAAAUACCAAUCUGGAGGCACCAAGUACAAUACGACCCUAUCGUCCUGGUCCCUGGUGUAGAACACUUCCCAUACUGCGUACCGGCCGACCAUUUCUCCUUUCGUGAAGUUGCCGAAACUCCGCAGCCGCCAGAUCCAUCUGCGCGACAACCAAACCCGUCACGUCAAGGCCCUUCUGGUCACCAAUCGUGUCCCCCCAACACUUCGGGUCCAUCGUCGUACGCGCCGCGUGCGCCUUCUAGCUUGUCAUACCGAAGUGGCUGA